AUGGACGCCCGCAUCGACCGUGAUGCCCAGCUGAAAGCUCUCAAAUCACAGACCCGCCUGCCCACGCAAACAUGGUACGAAUGGUUCUGGGGCAUCAAGAAGAGCGUCCCAUCUCGAUCCACGGACGCUGCGACCUCUGAAGCACUCCGCAAAGCUUUCACACAGAUGCUGGACCACGUCGAGCCACCAGACGUCUUCAAGCCGUCCGAAGUCGCCCAGUUGCUGAGCAACAAGGAGCUGGAAGCUCUAGGCUACGAGAAGUGGGAAGACGCAUUACCUGGAGUGUAUGAGCUCGGGUGGGAGCUGCGGGAAUUCGGAGACUGUGAGAUACUGCGGAAAGGACAGUUGCUUAGUGAUGAUGUGCAGAUCACAGAUAUUGAUGGGCCCGUGAGGUUCCGGAGAAAGGCGUGGUGA